GCUCAGAAGCUUUGCUCUGCCAUCAUGCUGUAGUACCUGGCCAGGGCGGAUGGGAGAUCCUCUGUGUGAAAGACAUACUAUGUAGACACCUGUUAUUUUCACAGAAGAAACUGACAGACAGGCUGAGUAAGCAUACCGCUGUCUCACAUAUACUGUAUGGAAGUCUGAAGGAAGGAUCAAAAGGCUAAUUGUAUACUGUAUAUGUGGAUCACUCUAAAUUGUGUGAUUCUCUGAAUGCCAAGUAUAAUAGGUGCUUGUGGAUAAUGGUAAGCAGAUCAGAUAGAGAGAGAAUCACUCCGUCAGUCUAAUCUUCCAGAGGCCUCUUCAUUACCUAAUAAACCUCUUUCACAUCUUCUCUGAACUGGACCUUCUGACAACACAACACAGGAGCACAGGAGCACAGAAGGGAAACCAGUAAUGACUUGAGGGAGUACUGUGAAUUAAUGUUUUUACUUUUGUAAGUGCAAUGAAGGGGAAAUAUGCAAUAUUUUUAAAAAUAAGAUGCAGAAGUUGUCAACAGCAAGUUGACAACCUCAUUGUAUACUGUAUAAAGUAUAAACUGUUUCUUCAGUGCAGUAUCUUCAGUUUACAUAUCUGUAGAUGUCAAGAGCUGCUGUUUCAUAUAUUUUACAGUACAUUUUGGAUGGUAAUCAAGGCUGAUAAUCUGUCAAAUUAAGUUCAGUUGCUAAAAUGGACACAACUCUACAAGCAGUAAUGCCUCAAUGUGUUUUCAAAUUUGGAAACAAUGCAGAGAUCGAUAGAGACUGACGCACGAUGUUACUUUAUGUGUUACAAAGUCAAUCAAUGUAAAUUAAGAGAAAAAAUAGCACAUUAUCAGAAUCGUUUUCUCUUUCAUGUUAAUUUUUUCUGCUAGGUAGGAUCUCUCAUAAGAGCUCUAGACCAGGGGUGUCUGGUCAAAACUUCACAUGUAUACUGAUCAAAUAUUAAACUAUGAAAGUCAAAUCUUUUUCAUUAUUUCUUUUUUCGUGUUGGGUGAUAUGCUGACUUUUUAGAUGAAGCAUUUCAGGGCUGCGAGUUGUUUCCUCAGUGCAAAACUAAGAAAAUGAGUUCACAGUAAUCCCUCAAGUCAUUACUGGGUUCCUGUGUUGAGUUGUCAGAAGGUCCAGUUCAGUUCUGAAAGCACCAGAGGGGUUUAAAGGUUUAAUGGGUCACAGAUGUGAGAGUUUGGAAGCAGGGUGUCUGAGGGGCAGGGGGCUCUUGAUGUUUGUGUUCCAGUGGCGCAGUGCUGUUUUUGAAGUGCAUUAGGAGAAAGGAAGAGCCCCUUUCAUAGCUGACACUGUGAGCUCCCCAGGAAGUAGAUCCUGACCUUUCCCCACCCCCCACAGGAUCUGUGUGUCAGUGUGCCUUUUGCCCCUUUCAUCUCUCUAGGGCACUGGGAAGGUAAUACCACAGAGUUACUCCUGAUGCCUCCGAUGCAGACAACUCAGGCUGAGUCAAGCAGGGGGGCGUGCAGCUCAACGCCACAAAACCAGACACAACAACCUAUAUAUUUCAGAUCGGUGUGUUCAGUCAUGCUGACAUUCAAAAAAAACUGCAAGUCUGGGAGGGCUGGAUGAUUGAACGUUUCAAAGCACAAACAAAACUAUUUUCCAAUGAGUGUCCUCUUGACAAAACUGAAACAGAAUGGGACUUCAACAGUGUGAAAGCGCAGGAAUCACGAGCUUCGAUCUACCUUCUAAUGCCUUGUCGGGCAGCGUGGGAUUGCCUCUCAUUAAAGGUCGAACACUGGAAGAGCACGUAAACAUUGAAACACUGAAAAGAAAACAGUGAGUUUAUUAAAGCAAAACCCUUUCAUGAAUUUACAUGUCUGCUUAUGUAUUUUUUUUCCCCCUCUGAACUUCAGCAGCCACUGGGUGAUCAGGAAAGGAAAUGGGACACACUGGAAAAGAGAUGCCGUGCAGUCCCCUCAGAACAGAGUCCACGAUGCUUCUUCUGACCAUGAUGCUGAUGAUGUCCGUCCAGCUGGUGGAGCCCUGGGCAGGACACCCGCAGAUCAGCUCGGCCAGUCCGACAGUGUCGGGGAAGAAGCCGGAGCCCGGCGUGCAGGACAUCCUGAGACGGAUGAGCACCACGCCCCCGCCAGGAGCUCGCCUGAUCCUGCCUGCCGCUGGGAAGAUUCCCCCUGCGCUGGCCAGCCUGCUGUUCGGGUCUCGGUUCCCCAGGAGGGGCGGGUGGGCUCAGGCGAGACCCCAGCCCCCCGCUGCGAAACGAGAGAAGAACCUUUCCGCCUACAACUGGAAUUCCUUCGGGCUCCGUUACGGAAAACGCCGGUCAAACACCCCGCCGCCGCAGCUCGGCUGAGCCCUCCGUACGCACAGCCGCCUGCUGCUGCCCGUGAGCGUCUCCAAACAGGGACACAAUCCGAGCCGUCCCUCCCGCCGCCGAGAGCGCAGAGCAAGGCCGGGUUCUGCUCUGAGAGUCCCUUUUUUAGGCUCCCUGCUUCUGCUUUCCAUAGAGACGUUGCCCUUUAACCCCCUGAGCCACAACCAGCUGUCUCUUCUGCUAUAAAACAACAGGCGCCUCUUCAUGACUAAAGAGGAGUUAAUUCAUGGUUACUGUCUGGUCAGAUCGUUUUUAAGUAGUUUCCUUCAGAAUGUUGCAGACUUUCAUAAAUGACAUAAAGUAGCUAAAGGGUAGUUUAAAAGUCUGUGACCUUUUUAUAUUUGUAUUUCUUUAUCCUGUGGAUAUAAAAGGCUAAAAGUCAUAAUAACUACAAAUUUUAUGGACUUUACACAUAGUAAAAUUAGACCACAGUUGCAGUUAUAUGAACAGUUGCUACAACUGUGAUUAAGUCCUUGUUUUUCAACAACAUUGAAGAUGUGUUUUAAAGCUUUUUAUUUAAAAGUGUAUUUUGUG